UCCACCACUACGAAAGGUCGUAGUGGUGGAGAAAUAUACCAGCGUGCGGGUAGACCACCGCCAAUGACACAUCAUGACACAUAGUUUAUGAUGCAUUCUUCUCUCAAGCAAUUAGAAAUAUGUGUGUAUGUGUGUGUGUGUGUCAUUGCUGUUACGUCGCAGUGAGAACCAAAAAGCGUAUCUUCCUAUCAAAGUGAGGACAUUUUGAACAAGUGAGGACAUUUGGCCGGUCCUCACUUCUUGGAAGGCCUGUUUGAGGGUUAAGAUGUGAUUUUAGGGCUGAGGUUAGAAUUUGAUUCAGAUUAGAGCAAAGGUUUGACGUCUUCCUUUAGUUAUGAUGGUUAAGGUUAGAUUUAAGGGGCCAGGGAAGACCCCACUUUGAUAUAACUGCAAGUAUGUGUGUGUAUGUGUGUGUGAGUGUGAGAGAGAGAGAGAGAGUUUACUCCGUUGGGUUUGUUUCGCAACCACUUGGGUUUUACGCACAUAUCUUUAAGGUGAAGGUUCCCUGCUACCAGUCAGGACGAGUCCUGCAGCCUGUGAUGAAAUGUGAAAUGCGUAAGAAGCGUGCGGCGGGGCGCAUAUUAAAUGCCGUGAGGACGCUCACUUUCACCGCAGUUUUGCGCGGAGUGCGCACGAGCUGUUGAUGCCAAGCGUUCGACUACGAGCCAGUGGUGAUGUUGGACACUUUCGGGUCUCAGAGCGUCGGUGUCCCGGUCUCCGGCGCGGAACUCCAGCUCAAACUCACGGAAAACAAGAGCAGUGCGGCGGCAGCGGUCAUGGGCACAGAGAACGGCACCGGGAAGAAGCUGCUAGAGACCACUGGACCGGCUUUAUCCAAAAGAAAACUUCUGGUGGGCUUGGACCUUCUCUGCCUCUUCAUGGCUUCCAUCCCUUUCUUUGCAUGUGAGCUGAAGGCAGUGCGUCCCUACAGGAGGGGCUUCAUAUGUGGGGACCAGAGCAUCGCCUACCCCUACGUGCACCGAGAGGCCAUACCCGAUGAAUUACUCAUCGCCGGAGGCAUCGUCAUCACUGGCCUCACUAUCGCCCUGGGAGAGUGUUACCGGGUGCGUUUCCGAGGAGUCAGCUCCAAAGCCUUCGUCAGGAACCUGUACGUGUCCUGUCUGUACAAGGAGCUGGGCUGCUUCCUGUUUGGCUGCUGCGUCGGCCAGUCGCUGACCAACAUGGCCAAGCUGAGCGUGGGCCGCCUGCGGCCACACUUCCUGUCGGUGUGCGGCGUCACAUACGCGUCGCUCAACUGCACGCUGGGAAGCUACGUUGCAACAGUGAGCUGCCGCCAACCUGACCAUCGGUUAGAGGAGGAGGCCAGAAAGUCCUUCUUCUCUGGACAUGCUUCCUUUGGAAUGUACACAAUGCUCUACUUAGCAUUCUACCUGCAGGCGCGGCUGACCUGGCGCGGGGCUCGGCUCCUGAGGCCCGCAAUUCAGUUCUUCCUGGUUCUGCUGGCGAUUUACACAGGUCUGACCCGCAUCUCCGACUACAGGCACCACCCGUCCGACGUGAUAACAGGCUACAUACAGGGAGCCCUCACUGCUUACUGGGUGGCCUUUCAUAUCUCGUCCAUGUUUAAAAGUUCCCCCAGGUCAGAUCUGUCCCCUACUGAAACCCUGGACAGCCCACUGUCACCCCAUCAUUCUGUGUGCUAAACCUCGCCUGCUCCACACCACCUUCCACAUAAUGCCCAAAGUCUGGACAGGAUAUGAGAUUUUUCUGUGAAGUCCAACCAAGUGCCAUCACUUGGGCCAAAAGAGAAGAGCUUGUGCAGUAUCUGAACCAGGAAGGGCUGCUUGGCUCAAGUGCCCUCAACAGCUCAAGCACGCUCAGCAAGCACUGUUGCUCUGUAGGUUACCUGUAGAUAUUCUGUAUAUAUAUAAAUUUCUAAUCUUUGCAUUUUCUAUUGUACAGAUCUAAUGAUACUUCAAAAGCACUUUUUGAUUUCCAUUAGCAAUUUGUAAUUUGAUUUAUUGAAUAGGAUGAAAUAUAUUUUACAGACCUGUAAUAUACUGUAUUCAGCUGUUUGCUUGUUUUUUUACACUGAACCAAUGAAUGUGUUGGUGUUGAAGAAAAACACAAAUAGUAAGAAAGCAACUCAUUGUCUAAACUGUGUCAUGCCAGUAGUUUGUAUAGUUUGUAGUGGGACGCACCCAUCUGUCCGUCUGAACAGAUUACUGAUGAAAGACUGAGCGACAGACACAGGCACGACAGAACCUUGACUGAACGAGGACUGUGUUUGCCAUUGGAUUAUUUGUUGUGUUUUGUUCUCAGGCCUCAUUCACGUGCACACACUUCAUUAAAGAUGGAACAGAUUGUUUGAAA